UCCCCUCCGCGAUCGCUGCCGGGCCGCGGGUGCCGACUCCAAGAUGGCGGCGGCGGGGCCGGCGGGCCCGGAGAGCCGGGUGCUGGGCUACGGCCUGCACCGCUGGAGCAGCUUCUCCUCCUCCUACCUGCCCGAGAACAUUUUGGUGGACAAGCCUAAUGAUCAGUCCUCGAGAUGGUCUUCUGAAAGCAAUUACCCUCCCCAGUAUUUGAUUCUGAAACUUGAAAGACCUGCCAUAGUCCAGAGCAUCACGUUUGGCAAGUACGAGAAAACGCAUGUCUGCAACUUAAAGAAGUUUAAAGUCUUUGGUGGGAUGAAUGAGGAAAACAUGACAGAUCUCUUAUCCAGUGGCUUAAAGAAUGAUUAUAACAAAGAAACAUUCACCUUGAAGCAUAAAAUUGAUGAACAGAUGUUCCCCUGUCGAUUCAUUAAGAUAGUUCCACUCUUAUCCUGGGGACCUAGCUUCAAUUUUAGUAUCUGGUAUGUUGAACUUAAUGGCAUUGAUGAUCCAGAUGUGGUCCAGCCGUGCCUCAACUGGUACAGCAAGGUAGGCCCUGCAUUUUAGGUGCCUGUUUGCGUGAGGAUUUGUCGUCUCGGAAUCUUGUGAAACUUCUCGUACUGGAAUUAUGUGACCUUUUCAUUCCUUGAAUAUCUGCUAUUGAAACAACAAACACGCGUAGUUAAAACUCAAACCUCAUGGCUAGCUUGGACUCUGAGCCUUGUAUCGGUGGGUUCUGUAAAAGAAACAAACAAAAACCGGCUAGGUAGACAAGUCAAGGAAAACUCAAAGGAACAUGGAGUCAAAAGGGGACAACGUUAUUAAAAUAAUUUGUUUUGGAAGGGAGAUGAAAAAGAUCUCAUUUC